AUGACUCCUUUUGCAUCACGCAUUUAUCUUGUAGAAAACAAACGAUGGUUAUGUUAUAAUGUAGAUUUGACGAUAGACAGAAAACAUCAUGCAGGUCAAGUAAAAAAACCAUAUAAAGUAGAUGUUGUUCUAGACCUGGGUUCUAGACCAUAUAAAGUAGAUGUUGUUCUAGACCUGGGUUCUAGACCAUAUAAAGUAGAUGUUGUUCUAGACCUGGGUUCUAGACCAUAUAAAGUAGAUGUUGUUCUAGACCUGGGUUCUAGACCAUAUAAAGUAGACGUUGUUCUAGAACUGGGUUCUAGACCAUAUAAAGUAGAUGUUGUUCUAGACCUGGGUUCAAGACCAUAUAAAGUAGACGUUGUUCUAGACCUGGGUUCUAGACCAUAUAAAGUAGAUGUUGUUCUAGACCUGGGUUCUAGACCAUAUAAAGUAGACGUUGUUCUAGACCUGGGUUCUAGACCAUAUAAAGUAGAUGUUGUUCUAGACCUUGACCUGGGUUCUAGACCAUAUAAAGUAGACGUUGUUCUAGACCUGGGUUCUAGACCAUAUAAAGUAGAUGUUGUUCUAGACCUGGGUUCUAGACCAUAUAAAGUAGAUGUUGUUCUAGACCUGGGUUCUAGACCAUAUAAAGUAGAUGUUGUUCUAGACCUGGGUUCUAGACCAUAUAAAGUAGAUGUUGUUCUAGACCUGGGUUCUAGACCAUAUAAAGUAGAUGUUGUUCUAGACAUGGGUUCUAGACCAUAUAAAGUAGACGUUCUUCUAGACCUGGGUUCUAGACCAUAUAAAGUAGACGUUGUUCUAGACCUGGGUUCUAGACCAUAUAAAGUAGACGUUGUUCUAGACCUGGGUUCUAGACCAUAUAAAGUAGACGUUGUUCUAGACCUGGGUUCUAGACCAUCUAAAGUAGAUGUUGUUCUAGACCUGGGUUCUAGACCAUAUAAAGUAGAUGUUGUUCUAGACCUGGGUUCUAGACCAUAUAAAGAAGAUGUUGUUCUAGACCUGGGUUCUAGACCAUAUAAAGUAGACGUUGUUCUAGACCUGGGUUCUAGACCAUAUAAAGUAGAUGUUGUUCUAGACAUGGGUUCCAGACCAUAUAAAGUAGACGUUGUUCUAGACCUUGGUUCUAGACCAUAUAAAGUAGACGUUGUUCUAGACCUGGGUCCUAGACCAUAUAAAGUAGACGUUGUUCUAGACCUGGGUUCUAGACCAUAUAAAGUAGACGUUGUUCUAGACCUGGGUUCUAGACCAUAUAAAGUAGAUGUUGUUCUAGACCUGGGUUUAAGACCAUAUAAAGUAGAUGUUGUUCUAGACCUGGGUUCUAGACCAUAUAAAGUAGAUGUUGUUUUAGACCUGGGUUCUAGACCAUAUAAAGUAGAUGUUGUUCUAGAUUUGGGUUCUAGACCAUAUAAAGUAGACGUUGUUCUAGACCUGGGUUCUAGACCAUAUAAAGUAGAUGUUGUUCUAGACCUGGGUUCUAGACCAUAUAAAGUAGAUGUUGUUUUAGACCUGGGUUCUAGACCAUAUAAAGUAGAUGUUGUUCUAGAUUUGGGUUCUAGACCAUAUAAAGUAGACGUUGUUCUAGACCUGGUUUCUAGACCAUAUAAAGUAGGCGGUGUUCUAGACCUGGGUUCUAGACCAUAUAAAGUAGACGUUGUUCUAGACCUAGGUUCUAGACCAUAUACAGUAGACGUUGUUCUAGACCUGGGUUCUAGACCAUAUAAAGUAGAUGUUGUUCUAGACCUGGGUUCUAGACCAUAUAAAGUAGACGUUGUUCUAGACCUGGGUUCUAGACCAUAUAAAGUAGAUGUUGUUCUAGACCUGGGUUCUAGACCAUAUAAAGUAGAUGUACAUGUUGUUCUAGACCUUGGUUCUAGACCAUAUAAAGUAAACGUUGUUCUAGACCUGGGUUUUCGACCAUAUAAAGUAGAUGUUGUUCUAGACCUGGGUUCUAGACCAUAUAAAGUAGAUGUUGUUCUAGACCUGGGUUCUAGACCAUAUAAAAUAGAUGUUGUUCUAGACCUAGGUUCUAGACCAUAUAAAGUAGAUGUUGUUCUAGACCUGGGUUCUAGACCAUAUAAAGUAGACGUUGUUCUAGACCUGGGUUCUAGACCAUAUAAAGUAGAUGUUGUUUUAGACCUGGACCUGGGUUCUAGACCAUAUAAAGUAGAUGUUGUUCUAGAUUUGGGUUCUAGACCAUAUAAAGUAGACGUUGUUCUAGACCUGGGUUCUAGACCAUAUAAAGUAGAUGUUGUUCUAGACCUGGGUUCUAGACCAUAUAAAGUAGAUGUUGUUUUAGACCUGGGUUCUAGACCAUAUAAAGUAGAUGUUGUUCUAGAUUUGGGUUCUAGACCAUAUAAAGUAGACGUUGUUCUAGACCUGGUUUCUAGACCAUAUAAAGUAGGCGGUGUUCUAGACCUGGGUUCUAGACCAUAUAAAGUAGACGUUGUUCUAGACCUAGGUUCUAGACCAUAUACAGUAGACGUUGUUCUAGACCUGGGUUCUAGACCAUAUAAAGUAGAUGUUGUUCUAGACCUGGGUUCUAGACCAUAUAAAGUAGACGUUGUUCUAGACCUGGGUUCUAGACCAUAUAAAGUAGAUGUUGUUCUAGACCUGGGUUCUAGACCAUAUAAAGUAGAUGUACAUGUUGUUCUAGACCUUGGUUCUAGACCAUAUAAAGUAAACGUUGUUCUAGACCUGGGUUUUCGACCAUAUAAAGUAGAUGUUGUUCUAGACCUGGGUUCUAGACCAUAUAAAGUAGAUGUUGUUCUAGACCUGGGUUCUAGACCAUAUAAAAUAGAUGUUGUUCUAGACCUAGGUUCUAGACCAUAUAAAGUAGAUGUUGUUCUAGACCUGGGUUCUAGACCAUAUAAAGUAGACGUUGUUCUAGACCUGGGUUCUAGACCAUAUAAAGUAGAUGUUGUUUUAGACCUGGGUUCUAGACCUUAUAAAGUAGACGUUGUUCUAGACCUGACCAUAUAA